GUCAAUCUCUUCCGGGUUAUCUUGUUCUUUUUCAAGAUACGUUUCCGGUUGGGCGUCAGGUUUCGGGGCAACAUCGUGUUCUGCAGCGGCUGCAACCAUGGCUCGAAAUGCAGAAAAGGCCAUGACUGCUUUGGCAAGGUUUCGCCAAGCUCAGCUAGAAGAAGGAAAACUUAAGGAGAGAAGACCUUUCCUUGCAUCAGAAUGCAAUGAAUUGCCCAAAGCUGAGAAAUGGAGACGACAGAUUAUUGGUGAAAUUUCCAAGAAAGUGGCUCAAAUUCAAAAUGCUGGUUUAGGUGAAUUCAGAAUUCGUGAUUUGAAUGAUGAAAUUAACAAACUCCUAAGAGAGAAGGGCCAUUGGGAGGUCCGUAUAAAGGAGCUAGGAGGACCUGAUUAUGGAAGAAUUGGCCCUAAAAUGCUUGACCAUGAAGGAAAAGAAGUUCCAGGAAACAGAGGUUAUAAAUACUUUGGAGCAGCUAAAGACCUACCCGGCGUUCGAGAGCUUUUUGAAAAAGAGCCCCUUCCUCCUCCACGGAAAACUCGAGCUGAACUCAUGAAAGCUAUUGAUGCAGAAUACUAUGGCUACAGAGAUGAGGAUGAUGGUGUCCUGGAACCGCUGGAACAGGAACAUGAAAAGAAAGUUAUUGCAGAAGCAGUGGAAAGGUGGAAGGUAGAGAAAGAAGCAUAUCUUGCAAGAGGUGACAAGGAAGAGGAGGAGGAGGAAGAAAACAUCUAUGCAGUAAAUGACAAUGAGUCUGAUGAAGAAAAUGGAACGAAAACAGAUGGUGAGGAUAGUCAGCAGAAGUUUAUUGCUCAUGUCCCAGUACCAUCACAACAGGAGAUUGAGGAAGCUCUUGUCCGAAGAAAGAAGAUGGAACUUCUUCAAAAAUAUGCCAGUGAAGCUCUUCUGGCUCAAAGUGAAGAGGCUAAAAGACUUCUAGGAUUAUAGUAAUUGCUCCUUCUAUUUUUAUAAUCUAUCUUGAUUCAGUAUCUUAUUGAUUCUAUAGAAAUAAGACUUCACAAGUUCUAGAAUGAAGCAGGUUAUUUUUUCCAUAAUUUGUUUUAUUACACAUUUUUCACUCUAUCCUAACUUAUGAAAGUUUAUUCAUUUUCCGUUUCCAUCUUCAAGCUCUAAAUAGCUAGCCUGCUUUGAAUUUAUCUUUGUUACACCUAUUUUCCUCUUUGUUAAUUUUGUCUAUCAUGUGUAAAUUUGCAAUUGUCAGACAUUUCUACAUCUGUGGAAUGUUAUUUAAUUUUGAGUUUUCAAGAGAACUGAAAUGUUCUAUAUAAUUAAUAUGGAACUAUAUAUUAUGCUAUCGGAAAAAACACUCACUUGACUGGGUUUUUGAAAUGCUGAAUAUUUCAGCAAGUAAAAUUGUAAAUACUUUUUUAUAAAAUCUCUCAGUUUUUAAAUAAAACUUUAUCAGAUUUAA